AUGGCCGAUAACUUGAAGUCGGAUGAUGAUGAUCGUGCCGUCGACUCGGAGUCAACGGAGCAGUUUACAGGAGUAGCGUCUCUGCAACCCGCUAGCAGUACUAGCACGACUUCUGCGAGUAGCACGAACAAUGGUGGCGCCUUUGAAGGGGUAGUUGACGCUCCGCGUCGCGCCGCCGGCGCCGACAGGCGGUUCUCGUGCAGCGCCGUUACACCAGCGGGGCUUGCCGCGGGGAAUGGGAUCGCGAUUGGCGGGGGCGGCGCUGCCGCCGCAGCUGCCGCCGCUGCGCUGUCCGCCGCGGUCGCCGCGGCUGCAGCGGCCUCCGCGGCGGCCGAAAGAAGCGCCGGUGGUAGCAAUGGCCGUCUGACUGGAUACCAUACUGGCGAUGGUAGUAGUCUCUCUGCCAGCGGGUCGGAAUCAGCGGCACUGCGGCCCCCAGCCGCGCUGUUCUCUGUUGCGGAAUCAGGCUCUGCGCUCGCCGCCGCUGCGCUGUCCUCCUCCCCUUUCCCCGCGCAAAAAUCGCUCACGGGUGCCGUGGCGGCAGGCGCGCGGCGUGGUCCUGCCACCGGACGCGCCGCGCGGCCAGGCAGCAGCGGCGGCGGCGGCGGCGGCGGCGGAGAUUGCAAUCGUGGGGGGGGCAGGGGGAUGGCGCGAACGGCGGAAAAAGCGGAGUUUGAUUUGUCGGUGCCCGCGAAGGCGCGCAAGUCGAUGUCCGGGUCGGGCAGACGCGCGUCGCUGGACUACUCGGACCUGGAAGCCGUGCGGGAGAGGGUGCAGCAGGCCGCGGCCCUGUGGGCUCUUGCAGAGGACAGGGAGAGGGAUCAAGGGAAUCAAGCCAGCGAUACGGACGAUGAUGAUGAGGAAGUCAGCAGCAGCAGCAGCAGCAGCAGCGCCGGGGGAAAGCAGCAGGAGAAGCUGUCAGUAGCUGUGCACCAAGGUUCCAAUGCGUCUCAACAACAACAGCACAAAUCCAUCUCAAAAUUGGCUUCCCAGUCUCACUCACAGGGAGGAGCAGUUGAGGAGGCUGGGAACCAAGGCAGAGCAAAAGGCCCGUCCCGCAGCAAAUCGGGUGCACGAGGGUCUCUAAUUCGUCGAUGGCUCAACUUCGGCCGCUCGUGA